AAGACGCUCCUUUCUCAGGGGAAGAAACCCAAAUCCAAAGAAGCUGCUCUCUCUUUUGCAAGAAGGCAACAAAGAGAGCUUCUUUACUUUGUAAGCCUGAGUUCGUGCAGUCACAACAGUUCGAUUCAUAUCAAAUAGAACUGAUUAUAAAAUUGGCAGAAGCAACGUCGUUCUAUCACCAUCUCCUGCAAUCGAGCCAUGCAUUGAUCCACCUUCAACGGGGAGUAAUCGAUCUUCAAGACUUCAACCCAAUUGCAGAACAGAGAGGUGCAAAUCUGGAACCCAAACGCGAUUUCAGAGAGGGGAGUGAUCGAUCUUCAAGACUUCAACAAUGGUUACGCGGAAUCGAUUGCCAAAACCCUAAUUCCAGUCUCUCCGAUUUCAAUCCAUAAAUCUCAAGUUAAAAACCCUAAAUCCCAAUCGGUUAAUGGUUUCUCAAGAAAGCUGAUAAAAAUAAGGGUUGAGGGCAAAUAAGUCUUCUCCAUUGGAUCAAUGGUAUUUUGGGGUUUAAAACAAAUUUGUAACACUUAAAAGGUCUGAUAGAAUUUAGAACUUCAAGAGAAUGGGGUGUAAUUUCAAACUUUGCAGGAGAGGAUUGUGUAAUACUUGAAAUGUAAUUUCCUCUAAAAAUAAAAAUAAAAAGUUGAAUCUCUUGAGCCACUAAUUACUGGCAGUCGUCUUCAAAGUGCGGUGGAUUAAAUUCCAGCAACCCCUUCGUCUAUAAUCCAGUGACGAUCGAAGCUCAAUCUGCAAUCUUUACGUUCCGUUCCCUUUCUUUGUCAUUGCUUCCAACGACAAGGAUUUCUGUCAACGUCACAUGGAUCUCAAUGAUCUUAACAAGGUAUGGGAAGUCAAACCUCUCAAAAAGGUGGGGGAGGAUGAAGCAAAGAGGAUUCUUGAGAAUGUAGCAAAACAAGUGCAACCAAUCAUGCGCAAACAAAAAUGGAGAGUGAAGAUCCUUUCAGAGUUCUGCCCUGCCAAUCCUUCUCGUUUAGGAUUGAACAUUGGAGGAGGUGCGGAAGUUAAGCUCAGAUUGCGGAGGCCGAACAGAGAGUGGGAUUUUUUCCCUUAUACUCAGAUCCUUGAUACCAUGUUGCAUGAGCUCUGCCAUAACGAGCAUGGUCCCCAUAAUGCUGAUUUCUACAAGCUACUAGAUGAAAUCAGAAUGGAAUGUGAGGAUCUUCUGGCCAAAGGAAUAACUGGCACCGGUCAGGGAUUUGAUCUUCCUGGAAGACGUUUGGGUGGUAUUUCACAUCAACCUCCUUUGUCAUCUAUCCGCCAGGCAGCACUUGCUGCAGCAGAAAACAGAGCACGUCGAGGAGCUCUAUUUCCAUCAGGACCAAAGCGUUUGGGUGGUGAUAGUGAGAUUAUGGUUGCACUUAGUCCAAUACAAGCUGCUGCCAUGGCAGCGGAAAGGAGAUUGCACGAUGACUUGUGGUGCGGGUCUGAAACUCUUGAAGAAAGUAGCACUGUUAUGCCAGGGAGGAUUGGAUCAUCUAUAGGGUCUUCUGAGACACCUAAAGAAGAUACCGUGCGUGAUAUUCCUAUCCGAACUUCAGCUUCUGGAUCCACGCAUAAUCGUGGAAGGUUGGACAGUAGACACGAUGGAUCACUUUGGGAGUGCACUGCAUGCACUCUGCUUAAUCAGCCACUUACUCUUACUUGUGAAGCCUGUGACACCCCAAAGCAAAAAGAUGCGAGAAACAUGUCCAAGAUCUGGUCAUGCAAAUUCUGUACCCUAGAGAACAGUGUUAAGUCAGAGAGAUGCUUAGCUUGCGGGGAGUGGAGAUAUUCAUAUGGCCCACCUGUAUCCACCAAUGGCCCCUAUCUUGGAACCUGAAAGUUGCAAGCCUAAACUGCUGUACUAGCACAGGGUAUAGAAAACCUCUUGCAAGUACUUUGUGAUUCACAUGUAUAAAAUCAGAACAAAUUUACAGUUACAGUGUAGAGUAUGGACAACCUUUAUAUGUGCUCAUGAUAUGUUAGUGAUACAUUUAAAUUAUGCUUCAUAUUUUAGUAUCA